AUGGAUAAUUUUGAUAUCACUCAAUGGGCCUGGGGAAAGAAAAAUUUACAACUAAUGACAUCAAUACCUCAAUCGGAUUUAGAAAUUAAUAAUAUCUCGAUGAACAAUUCUAACUUGAACUCGAAUAAUGAUACCGUCAUGCAAGUCUUAUAUCCUAAAGGUUCUGCCAAUCCUGAUCGAAGGAAUAGCGCAAGUCCAAUAGGAGGGAUUGGUUUUUACGCUUCACCUCUCGAUUUGUCAAAGGCCACCAAUGUUAGCUUAUAUUACAGCGUCUUUUUUCCAAGCAAUUUUGAUUUCAACAAAGGUGGAAAGCUUCCAGGUUUAUAUGGCGGUGGGACAGGUUGCUCUGGUGGUGUAGAAUCCGAUGAGUGCUUUAGUACUAGGCUCAUGUUCAGGACCAAUGGAACCGGUGAGCUAUAUCUUUAUGCACCUAAAGGUCGACAAGUUCCGUCUCUAUGUCAAACUCCACCACUUUCAGAUUGUAAUGCGGAAUACGGUUAUUCGAUUGGUCGAGGUGCAUGGAACUUUACUAGAGGCGGGUGGACAAAUGUUCGACAAGAUAUUUGGUUGAACAAUGGUGAAGAGAAUGAUGGAGGUUUCAAUAUUUGGAUCAAUGGUCAAUUGGCCUUACAUUCCGAUCAAGUUUAUUAUCGGCAUCCUGUUGGAUCGGUCAAAGAAACCCCAGCUAAAGCAGAUAAGUCAAAGCAAAAGUCAACGGAGUCGUCGGAGUCCUCAUUCGUCUCACCUACCUCACUUGGACUUCCUCAUCCAAUAGGAAAGAACUUUUCAAGUGAUUAUAACCAGAGUUCAAAUUCCGGUGGAAUGAUUUCAACUUCAACUUCUCCUUCUAAUACUCAUCUCUCUGGAACCUCACUUGGCCAUGCAAAGUUAGCUAGGAGAUUGAAUAUCCAGCGUCGAACAGCUCUUAAUUUAAUCAUUACCCCACCUCUUAAUAAUUCUGCCACUCCGGAAUUAGUCCAAUUACCUGCGACGAAUCAAACGGAUCCAACUCAACAUCCGGUCGGAGAUCGUGAAGACGCUUACUCUCAAGCUAUUUCAGGUAUCCGUCGGCAGACUAUGACAGUAAGGAAGGAGUCAGCUCAAUUUAUGGGUAUCAUGGCUGAUACAUUCUUUGGUGGACAUGAUCCUUCUUGGGCAUCAAGUAAGGAUCAGUAUACUUAUUUCAAUAGGUUUGGUUUGGUAAUCAGGUAA